UACAUCUUUUAUAACUAUAACCUAAACAUGCAGACGCAUCUCCUUGUCAUUUUGUUUGUCUACCCGUUGGCCUGGCUGAAAUGACUGACUCUGCUGAGGAUGUAUUGAGAACUUCAAUCAGCCUGUCGGAUCUGACCAGCUCUUCAUCAAUUUCUGAUAAAGUCUUUGUACACUGGGGCUGUGAGCUCAGUGCCGCCCAGUCCGUGACUGUGUUUGAGGCAGAGGAUGAUCUUCUGGAGAAUCAGUUCUUCGUCAAAACAAUAUGCCUGAGCGCGGAGGCGGCCGACGAGAUGCACGUCGUGUCCGCGUCCGACGCCGCCGGCGGAUCCAGACCGGUGCCCAUCGCCACGCUGCGGCACUGUAUGCCCAUGGUCAGUUUCCCCGGCUUGGAGCUGAUUCCACCGGUCACCUUCAAACUGUGUUCGGGCAAAGGGCCGGUAUUCAUCUCGGCUCAACAUAUAGCAUUGAAUCCUACAGAAAUCACAGAGGAGGACGAGGAGGAUGAAGGGGGCUUCAGCACUGACGUGCUAACAGUCUAAGCCCAGUUGGAACCUCCUCCCCUUCUUCUGGGCACCAUUGUGGAUGAAACUGACAGGCUGUUUAGAAAUCAGAAUGAAUGCCUCACACCCGAUUUGCAGGGUUUGGACAUGCUAUUGAUGUGACAUUUAACUUGCAUGAAUGUGUUCCUUGCCUGUGUGAACGUGAUUGAAAGCAGAACUGGAAAAAAAAAAAAAAAAAGUAUAAAGGUACAAAAAGGUGCGUUUGUUUACUUUUUAGACUUCAAGGAGAUGAUCAGUAAUGCAGAGAAAAAGGGGUGGAGAGAACGUUUGCCUGUAUAAACAAAAACUACUAUAUGGUACUAUAAUCAGAUUUUCUGCAUUCCUUUUAUUCUGAUCAGAUUCCGACGAGAAGCGUUUGGCAACGCAAUCAGUUGCUGGAAUGAAUACGUUCCAAAUUUCAAACAAACCAGAAUAUCUAAUGAAUGAAUGAUUAUCUACCUCAUUAUCUACCUGAUUAACUUGGGUUAAAUCGUUGUAUACUCUGUAUUGUUUAUUCUGUAAUUACACUAUAUUUUAAAACAAAUAUAAAUCAGUAUGCCUAUAUGUAAAAUAAAACUCAAAAA